AUGUCUGACGCUGCUACUGAACAAAGAAGAAAGAGAACUUUCAAAGCCUUCUCAUACAGAGGUGUUGACUUAAAAGAUUUAUUGGAAUUACCAACUGAAGAAUUUGCUAAAUUAGCUCACGCUAGAGUUAGAAGAAGAUUCCAAAGAGGUUUAAACAACAAAACUAAUGGUUUCAUCAAAAAAUUAAGAGCUGCUAAAUUAGCUACUCAACCAAAUGAAAAACCAGCUGUUGUUAAAACUCAUUUAAGAAACAUGGUUGUUGUCCCAGAAAUGAUUGGUUCAGUUGUCGGUGUUUACAAUGGUAAAGUUUUCAACCAAGUUGAAAUUAGACCUGAAAUGGUUGGUCACUACUUAGGUGAAUUCUCAAUCACUUACACUCCAGUUCGUCACGGUCGUUCAGGUGCUACCUCAAACAGAUUCAUUCCAUUAAGAUAG